AUGGAGAAGAAGCUUGACGGAACCUCAGUGAUCGCUUUUCUGUUUUUAAUGCACAGUGUUUUAGCCGUGGAGGUGAAGCCUUCCAUCAAUCCUGCUGUAGUUGGGGGCACGGUGACACUGUCCCUGUCUCCUUCAGUGACAUUAAAAGCCGGAAGCUGGGCUGUGGGAGAGUCCCAGAUCCUCACCUGGCUGGGGGACCAGCAGGCAGUUUUCUCCGGUUACACUGGCAGGGCGUUUGUUAACACCACCACCGGAGCGCUCACCUUGAGCCUGCUCUCCAUAGAGGACUCAGGACUCUACUGGGUGCAGAGUAGUGAUCCCAAGCUGACAGCGAGGGCCUCUGUCUCUGUUGUGGAACCUGUUUCAAACGUGUCAGUCAGCGUAAAUCAAUCCUGCCUGACUGAGUUCCAGCAUUCAGCGCUCAUGAAGUGCUCCAUGUCCACCGGGUCCUCCCUCCGGGUCGUCUGGAUGAACCGCAGCUCCGAGGUCACAGCCAGCGACAGAGUUCUGCUCAGCCAGGAGAACUCCAUGCUCACCAUACCUAAUGUGACCCGCUAUGACUCUGGGCCGUUCAGGUGUUCUGUUUUCAAUCCUGUCAGUAAUGGAACCAAUGGUCCAGAUAACAUGGCUCUCACUGUGAAUGGACUGAACAUCUCUUUCUUUGCAAGUGGAUCCAAUCUAACCAUGCUUUGCGCUGCAGACUCCAACCCUCCAGCUCAGCUUCAGUGGGCUUUCAGAGGAAAACUGCUGAACAGAACGGACACAUUGCUGAAGCUGCAUUAUGUUGUGGAGGCCCAAAGUGGUCCAUAUUCCUGCCUGGCCUUUAACAACCAUACCCAAACACACAACCACAUAACCACACACAUCGUGAUAUCAAAUAAUGUGCAAAGUCAGCACAUACAUGCCUCCAAGAACCCUGUAGCUGUGGGAAGCAACGUCACUAUUUUCAGCACUGACACUGUGCAAUUGGGAUCUUGGAGGUUCAACGAGAAAACGAUCGUGUCCAUUUAUCCAGGAGGAGCUGAAAUUUUUAUGGACAGGAUAACAUUUAAUUCCAGCACGUCAUCCCUGACCAUAGAGUCAGUGACAUUGAACGACUCUGGAGUGUACAUGCUGGAGAAACUGAGAGAAGAUGGUUUCUUGGAGAAGUUAGAGCUUUCGGUCCAAGUGCCUAUUUCAAAUGUAACUUUGCAGGCGAAAGCCAAUAGUCUGGUGGAAUUCAAUGACACAGCAGUCCUUAAGUGCUCUGCAGCCAUUGGGACAUCUUUGUCUUAUGAAUGGAUGAAGGACAACACCACAAUCACAGAUGGAGUACAGUUCAGCAGUAAUAAAGAUACUCUUACCAUAGCUAAUGUGACUCGCGAUGAUAUGGGCCAAUACUCAUGCAUCGUGUCAAAUGGACUGGGAAAUAAAACGACCAACAUUGUAUAUCUGAACAUCAACUAUGGACCAAGUCACACAACCAUAAUGGUCAUGCCCACAAUGGAGGUAUACAAAUCAGGAUCUAACAUCACACUCUCGUGUGCAACUGACUCAAACCCUGAGGCAACGAUUCAGUGGAUGUUUGAUGAUAAGAGCCUGAACCACAGUGACCAAACGCUGCAACUACAAAAUGUUGCAGAGAAACAAACAGGACUUUACAAAUGUGUAUUUUACAACUCUGUCACAUUAAGAUCCAGCAAUGUUAGUGCAAGGAUCUGGGUUAUGGAUCCUAUAUCAGCAGUUGUUAUACGUCAUGCCAGUGGCCCAGCAAUACUUCAUGAAUCCUUCACUCUGAAAUGUGACGUGACAGGACCUGUGGACAGCAUUCAGUGGAUGAAGGAUGGAGAAAUCAUUUCUGUUAAAAACAGAACAACCUUUGGAGAGGGCAACAAGACACUGACUCUUAAUCCAGUUGAACAUUCUGACGGUGGAUACUAUAAGUGUUGGGCUUCAAAUCGUGUCAGCAACAUGACCAGCGCCCCCUUUGAAGUCCAGGUUAACUAUGGACCAGAGAUGCCAACCAUCACAGGAUCAAACGUGGUGAAGAGAGGAGACAAUGUGACACUGAGAUGCAACGCUAAAUCAACCCCAACAAGCUCCUACAAGUGGCACUUUGAUGGGGAUAACGUCUCCAAUAUGUCUGAAUAUGUCACACCUCCUCUUACCAAAGAACUGAGUGGGAAGUAUGUGUGCAUGGCCUUCAACAACAUAACCGGCAAAAACAGCUCCACCUAUAUAAUGAUAACAGUUGUUGACCCCAUAGAGGAAGUCAAAGUUAAAGACCAAAUGAAAGCAGCUGUGGAAAACUCUUCAUUCAGUUUAAUGUGCGAUGUGACUGGAGAUGUUGAUCACAUACACUGGAUGAAGAAUGAUGAAUAUAUCCAUGGAAACGACACAACACAGCUCACCAAUGACAACAGGACAGUCCUGUUUACGGCAGUGAAACGCUCUGAUGCCGGACACUACCGGUGCAUGGCGAAGAACACUUUUGGAAUGAUGACCAGUGAUCACUACAUGCUUGUUGUCAACUAUGGACCAGAGAUGCCAACCAUCACAGGACCAAACGUGUUGAAGAGAGGAGACAAUGUGACACUGAGAUGCAACGCUAAAUCAAACCCAUCAAGCUCCUACAAGUGGCACUUUGAUGGGGAUAACGUCUCCAAUAUGUCUGACUAUGCUACACCUCCUCUUACCAAAGAACUGAGCGGGAAGUAUGUGUGCAUGGCCUUCAACAACAUAACCGGCAAAAACAGCUCCACCCACAUAAUGAUAACAGUUGUUGAUCCAAUAGAAAAAGUAGAAGUUGAAGGGCAGAUGGAGCCUGCUGUGGAAAACUCUUCAUACAAAUUAAUGUGCACUGUGACUGGAGAUGCUGAUCACAUUUACUGGAUGAAGAAUGAUGAACAUCUUAAUAGCAGCACAAUCAUUUUCUCUAUGGGUAAGAAUAUGGUCACGUUCAUGCCGGUGGAACGAUCUGAUUCUGGAGAAUACCAAUGUAUGGCGAAGAACGCUUUUGGAAACAUGACCAGUGAUCCCUACAACCUUGUUGUUAACUAUGGACCAGAGACACCCAUGGUUGGAGGGCGACCUGCAGCUGAAACAGGAAGUUAUGUUGACUUUACCUGCUCUGCCGUGUCAGAGCCGCCAAGUUACUUCACUUGGUGGUUUAAUGACACCCAGGUGGCAAAUACCUCAGACUUCACAGCUGGCCCUAUGACUUUAAACAUGAGUGGAGAAUACACCUGUAAAGCCCACAACCCUGUGACGAGACAGAACAGCACAAAGUCCACAUCACUCACAGUCAUAGAGGCAAUGGAGUCAGUGAAGGUCCAAAACAAAUCAACUCCAAUAAACCAGCAAAACUUCACUCUUGUUUGUGAGGUUGUCGGGCCCUACAACUGGACCUACUGGAUGAAGGACGGCAUGUACCUCAACACGAGCACUAUGGGCCAAAACAUGUCUUAUUACGUGGAGAAGAACAUGCUUCACUUCACUCCUGUGACAAGGGCCGACGACGGGACAUAUACCUGUAUUGCUGUCAAUCAGGCUGCCAAUCAUUCAAAUGGUCCUGUGAGUGUGACCAUCUCUGGCCCUGUUGUAGGAGAGCGCGGUGACCCUAUAUCCCUGUCGUGCUCAGCUGAUUCUCGACCAGAUUGUGAAUUCUACUGGUAUUUGAACAACCACUUGAUGUCUGAGGCAGUUGGAUCUGUUGUCUCGGUUUUUAACAUUAAUGAGUACGUGGGGAACUACACAUGCGUGGCGAAAAACCCAGUGACAAACAUCACAAUGUUCCAGCAUAAGACUUUAACUAUUCCAGGUCAUGCUUCAACCAUCCACCUCCCCACCCAGGGAGGUCUGAUGAUGAUGGGCAUGUUUGCUCUCUCUGCCCACAUGUUAUUGCGCUGAGUCCUCCACACUGAGGACUCACUCCACCCAGCCUGAGAGGCUGCAGGAACAUGGGGGGAAAGACCACAUAACCAUAUUAUUUAUGUUAGAUUGAUUGAAAGAAAUGAUUGUCCAAUCAAGCUUUUGCUUUUUAACUUAAAGGCCAUAGUUUUGUAGAAAAAAAUCUGAUUAACUGUGAUGUCAUAACUUAUGUUUUCACUGAAUAAGGAAAUUCAGCCAAACUAACACUUACAUUGUUUAACAGUGAAAAUUGUUAUCCUAUUCCUCUUAAAUGAAGUUCUUUGACAUCAAAUGUAUUUAUUCAUUUAGAGCACUUUUUCUUUGUUUAGAAUGAUAUUUUAAAAAAUUAUACGUUUGACUUUUGCUGUGUGCUGAUUUACUGUAAUUACCAAGUAAUCAAUAAAAUUCCAUAAUUGAUUUUA